GUGGAUUUUCAGGACAAGACUCAGAUAAGUCUGGGAUAACCAUGUCUGAUAUUCAGUGCCUUCUGGAUAAAGAAGGUGCAUCAGAACUAGUCAUAGAUGUUAUAGUAAACACCAAAAAUGACAGAAUUUUCUCAGAAGGCAUUUUGCUUGGUAUUGCGUUGCUUGAAGGCGGAAAUACACAAACACAGUAUUCGACUUACCAGCAACUGAAGGAACAAAAAAAGUCAGAAAAAUUCUUUAAAGUCCUGUAUGACCGCAUGAAAGCUGCUCAGCAGGAGAUACGAUCGACAGUGACAGUGAACACUAUUGAUUUGGGGAGCAAAAAGAAAGAUGAUGAUAGUGACCUAACCAUAUCUGUUCCCAAAAAGAGAGUAAAGGAUUCAACCCUGCAUCUGAAAGAGGGUAUGAAGGGACAGUUAACAGAAGCAUCUUCUGCAACGUCCAAGGCUUACUCUGUGUAUAGAAGAGAAAUGGACCCAGAAAUAGAUCUUAUGGGCUCAGGAACAGAUGCUGCAAAUGCAGAAGAGAAGUCCACAGAAGAGGCAAUCAUGAGCCCUGCCAUUGCAAUCAUGCAGCCAAUACUGAGAUUUCUUCAGCUGCUCUGUGAGAACCACAACCGAGAGCUCCAGAAUUUUUUAAGACAUCAGAACAAUAAAACAAAUUACAACCUUGUUUGUGAGACCCUUCAGUUUUUGGACUGUAUCUGUGGAAGCACAACAGGCGGACUGGGCUUAUUGGGGCUUUACAUCAAUGAGAGGAAUGUGGCUCUUGUGAACCAGACGCUGGAAAGCUUGACUGAAUAUUGCCAAGGUCCAUGCCAUGAAAAUCAGACUUGCAUAGCCACCCAUGAGUCUAAUGGGAUUGAUAUUAUAAUUGCACUUGUCUUGAAUGACAUAAACCCUCUUGGCAAAUACUGCAUGGACUUGGUGCUUCAGCUAAAGAACAAUGCCUCCAAGCUUUUGCUGGCUAUUAUGGAAAGCAGGCACGACAGUGAGAAUGCAGAAAGGAUCCUUUUCAACAUGAGACCAAGGGAACUGGUGGAUGUGAUGAAGAACGCAUAUAACCAAGGCCUUGAAUGUGACCAUGAGGAGGAGAACGGAGAUGAUGGCAUCUCCCCAAAAGAUGUCGGCCAUAAUAUCUAUAUUUUGGCACAUCAG